ACCUCCCUUGAAGAGGGGGCGAGCCGAUGGGGAACUGUUGCUGUGGCUCUCAAAGUCCCUGCGGCAGCGCUGAAGAAAGCCGGGGUUUGCUGAACGAUGAGCAGAAGGCCACCGUGGGCACAAGUGAACCGGUAGUGGUUGGCACUUGUGCCACUGAAGAAGAGAAUGAUAUGAGGAGAAACACGGAGGAUAAUCGGGAGAAGCAGAGUGCUGAGAAGGGGGAAUCCAGCAACACUCAGGGAAAUGGACCCUUGCAGGAGGAAAGCAUUCGAAAUAAAACGACGCCCCACGAAGUGUCUGAAAACGGCACCAGAGCACAAAACAAAGAUGAAACCCCUGCUCAUAGUGGACAAGCUGAACAAGCUGAACUUCUGCACUGCACUUUAAACUCUCUGCCGAAAGUGGGAUGGUUGGAUGCGAAACCAGAAGAAGAAAAUCCAGCCUCAGAGAAGGACAGAAACCCAGGUGGAUGCUUGCCAACAGCUGAGCUGGUCUGCGCCGACAACCGUACCGACACAAACACAGAGCACACGACAGUGAGUGCUACUCUUCAUGAUCAUGAAGAAGAAGAAGAAGAAAAAGCACCUACCGCAGUUACUGUUUACAACGUCGCAGCCAAGCCAUCGGAGGAGACUGCUCAAAAUAAUGAGGUGUUAUCCGCGCCAAACGCUCAGCUGGCUGAAGCAGCAGAUCCGAUGUCGUCCAUUUUUGUGGUCCGUGAGGAGACCAAAACAGAGCCUCAGAGCUGUCCCGUUACAGAUAAUUCAGACGGCAGCCGCUCUCCAGUGUGCAGGGAGGUCGAUCCUGCGGACGUAAACAGCCGUGAUGUGUCUCAGUCUUCUCCUGGACUGGAGCCGAAUGAACCUGUCCACAGCCGUGAGGAAUGGUCUGCUAGCGAUGUCCAGCAGCCACAGACCACAGCUCCAGCAGACGCCAGCGAGAGCUCGGAUCUCACUCCAGAGUCGGAUCCCAAGCGUACGACUGCAACUUUGAGAGAGGUCACUUCCUUCAAACCGGAUGUUGGGGAGGAAGAGAAGCCAAACGUGCAGGACAAAGAAGAAGAUGUUCCUGGAGUAAAAGAGAAUGAUGGGAUGAAGGUAGCGGAGGUGGAGAAAGGAGAGGUGGCGAGUGCUCCCACAGAGGCCGAGGCUGAAUCUGGGAAAGAUGCUGAGAUCCGGGAGAUGGGUGAAAAACAGGAAGAGCCGCCCGGAAGCCCCGUCACAGGUGGCAAAGCUGAGUCUGAACCUGCCGCAGAGGGAGAAGAAGAUCUGGAUAACAGUGAAGAAGACCUGUACAGAGGAGCCGAGGAGUUGUCUGCGUGUCACAGUGAUGAACCAGAACCACUGUCCGAGUCAGAAACUAAAUGUUUAAAGUUAGAGGACAGAUGCAGUUUGGACCCGGCGGUGGACAUUCUGUAUUACAGCGAGAGAGAGUGGAAAGGAAAUACGGCCAAAAGUGCUCUCAUUAAAAAGGGUUAUAAAGAGAUGUCCCAGAGGUUUGGCAGCGUGAGGAGAGUGAGGGGAGACAAUUAUUGUGCCCUCAGAGCCACGCUGUUCCAGGUGUUGUCCCACACCACCAAGCUGCCUGUGUGGCUGCAGGACGACAUUGUUAUGCUGCCGAAGCAACUGGAGGCCCAGGAAGGGCUGAUAAGUCAGUGGACAUUUCCUGGAGAGUGCCUGCAGGGAGAUGGGACUGGAGAUGCCGCACAGCAGCUUAAAAGCUACAUGGAGCUUCUUCGAAAUAAGUGGCAGGCAGCAGUGGACUGUGGCUCUACUGCAGAGCGGCAGCAGCUUUGCGAGCAACUGUUCCUGGGCGGUGAAGAGGAGCUCGGGCUGCUGGAGGCGCUCAAACUGCUGAUGCUGGCCAGAGCGGUGGAGCUGCACGGCUGCAUGCAGAGCGGAGAAGACGUCCCUCUCUUCUGCUGGCUGCUGUUUGCUCGGGACUCGUCCGACUGUCCACAGUCCUUCCUCUCCAACCACCUCAGCCACGUGGGCCUCACCGCCGGGCUGGAGCAGGUAGAGAUGUUCUUGCUGGGCUACGCCUUGCAGUGCACCAUUCAAGUUUACAGACUGUACAAGGCGGACACAGAGGAGUUUGUCACCUACUACCCAGACGACCAUAAGGACGACUGGGAGUCUGUGUGCCUCGUCACAGAGGAUGACCGCCACUACAAUGUGCCGGUCGCAGAAGCUGCAGAACUCCACAAGGAGACCCCCUCCAGCUGACUGCAGCUGUAGAGAAACCUCCUGCCAUACAAACACCCCUCAGGUCGAUCGAGAUGAACAGAUCUACGCCAACUAAAGGAAUAGUUUUGGUAAAUAUGCUUGCUAGCUUGUUAAAUGUUAGAUGAAUGGAUUGACACAGCCUGCAGUUGGUUAGCUUAGCUCAAACAGCGGAAGUGAAGGGGAAAAACUAGCCUGGCUGUGCUCUAGCUUAAGGCGCAUUUCCACUAGCACGAUACGGCACAGCACGGCAUGGUACGACUCGACAUAACACGGCUGCGCGAAACUGCCGUGACGUCAUUUACACCGCGCCAAGCCACGCGCAAAACCGGAAGACCGAAACAGCAACAACAACAGACAAGAGUACACAAGCUGCAAAAAGACGACGUUUUAAGGGUAAGCUAAUGGUUGCUAAUGCUAGGUCAAUCGGUCAAUCAGCUGACGUUACGUUUUAGUAUCGCUUCGUAUCGCCUGAAACCAGGACUGAGGCGAUACUAAAAUAGUACGUGGUAGCAGGUGCUACAUGCUAGUGGAAACACGCAAAUACCGUGCUGUGCCGUGCCGGUGGAAAUGCGCCAGUAGAGAAAUCCGAUCAUGUCUUGUUUCUUUAUCCAUUCAAAAAAAGUGUUGAAUGACACACUGUAGAAUAUGACCUGGGUUUGGCCAAAUGAAGAUCUGUAUCUCUAAUUCAUAUUAAAUGUCAGCAAAGCUGAUUAGCUAUUAAUUAUUGCGUCAUCUUUCUCUCAAAAUAGACAGCUGUUUUGGUUUUUGGACAGACAAAAGCUAACAGUUUCCCCCUCUUUCCUGUCUUUGUGCUAAGCUAAGCUAACCAUCUCCUGACUGCAUCCUCAUACAUCCAACUCUCUGCCAGGAAGCUAAUAAGCAUGUCACAAAGCGUUGACCUUUUCCUUUAAAAAUAUGCUGAUUUGAGACCCUGUACAAGAUGCGGUUUACACGUCCUUGUGCACACUGUACUGUAUAGAGUUUUCUAUUUGGGUGUAUGUGUACAUAUCUGAGAUUCUGGAUCCUCUCAGUUUGAUGCAGAUUUAAUUUACUGAGUGUAAAAACCUACAUUUUUCUUUCUAGGGUUCUGAUCAAGACACAGUUGAGCUGCCAAUAGUGCCAAAAAAAGAUUAUCAGGACAGUGUUUACACGUGUUUACACUGGACUUUAGGCACUUUGUGUGUUAAUUUAUUGAUUUAGAUUGUGUCAGAAAUGCAUUUGAAACUUUUUAAGUGUGACAGAAGUGAAACAUGAGUUAGUCUAUGAAGGGUUUGACGACGUAUCGGGUUUAACAACAGCUGAUGAUCGGAAGACUUGGAAGAUUAAUGGAGCCUCUGUGUCAGAGGCGUGAUUUGUGAUGGUCUGUUUGUGUGUGUUUCGCAACCAUGUGUGUGUGUUAAACUCAAUGUGUAACAUGUUGCCUUUAACCAAGCUGUUAUGAGGGGAAGAAACGUGUCGAUGUUGCUGCAGAUACCGGCAACAAUGCCAAACACUAGCCACUUGAUUCAGAAGAAGAGGCACGCUUGGUCCUCCAUGUUGCCUUAGAAAUAAUGCACAAUAAGAAUGAAUGUUGGUAAUUUAGUGGUAAGAGGCCAUUUCCUUGACCCAAUUCCAGACCAGGUAAAUGUGGUACGUUAACAGUAAAAUAUUGAUUAUGCCAUUUGCAGGAAUGCUCUUGCUUUGUCUGUUUUGGAUGGUAUUUAAAUAAAGUUAAUUUUUGGAAGUUUG